AUGGCAGCGUCGGCUCUCUUUCCGGAUGUUGCGGAAACGGCCAGUGCGCGUGGAACGGCGGCAGCGCCGGAAGUGGCGGUGGGUGCGGAAGUGGAGUCUGCUGGCGGGAUGACUGGCGGGAAAGGGAGAAAGGACAGCCGAGCUUGGAGGCUCGGUUCAGGCUCGGAAAGGAGCUGGGGCGAGGCCAUUUCGGAGUGCCAUUCAAUCGCGCUUGGUGGCUUUUUUAAUCUUCUUCUCUUUUUCUUCCCCCAUUUCGUUCUAUUACCUUUUCCGUUUCCACCCCGCUUUUAUCUCUCCGUAUUCCCUGUUCAACAGACUUCCGAGGCCAUGCGCGAGUUACGCGCGGAGGUGCUGAUUCCGCUGCUGUUGCAAGCAGCGCAGAGGAAAAAGCAGGCGCAAGCAGCACGCGGGGAAGGAGAUGAAGCAAAGCAGGCGGGGAAACAAGAGGCGGAAGCAGCGCGCAGCAAAGGCUGGGACGUUACUGCGCGCGGGGAACGAACAGGGGAAGCAGCGAGCAAAGAGGAGGGGGAGCGGCGGAACGAUAGAGUGGGGGGACAUGCGGAGAAGCAAGGGGAGAAUUACGGACGCGGUGUGUCAGCAGCACGGUGUUUGAAAUUUGUGCGGAUAACGGACGUGACUGAAGCGGAUCACAGCACCGCGAACCAUAAUCGCGACAACGACAGGGAUAAUUGCGAAGCUGGGAAUGAGCAUGGAAUUGGGUUUGUGCGGAUGGUGGAUGUUUUCGAGGACGAAUCUGCAGUGCACAUGGUGAUGGAGCACUGUGAGGGGGGAGAUCUGUUUGAACACGUGGCGCAACAUGAGAGGCUCGACGAACGACAAACUGCCGCCAUAAUGAGGCAACUUGCAACAGCUGUGACAAAGAUGCACGAGAUGGGAGUAGUGCACCGAGAUUUGAAGCCCGAAAACAUCCUCCUUACAACCUCGUUGACAGUCAAGAUCGCUGAUUAUGGGUUAGCAAGAGUGUUAAAACGAGGAUGCAGGCUGCAUGGGUUGGUGGGAAGCCCUUUCUACAUGGCUCCUGAGACUGUCAGAGGGAGGGAGUAUGGUCCUGAGGUGGAUGUGUGGAGUUUAGGUGUGAUAAUGUACACUUGCCUUUCUGGUACACUACCAUUUUUUGGUAAAAACCAGAAUGCUGUAUUUGCUGCAGUUUGCAGGGGAGAGGUGGAUUUGGAGACGGGCAGUCACUGGCCGUUGAUCUCGCAUGAGGCGAAGGAUCUCAUCCGUCGAAUGCUGGAUGUGGACCCCAAUCAACGGAUUGGAUCGAGCCGUAUCGUGCAUCAUCCAUGGUUCAAACGGGCGGGAGGAGAACACUGCUCGUUGACCGAGGUGAAGGCCAGCCAAUCACAGCGCAGGGGCAGGUUUGUGAUAUUUUCUGCUCCGUCUUCCCCGGUUCCUGUGGCACGCUGCCUCAAGAAUGUUGAUGGUGCUGGUGGUGCAGCUCGGUUAUCAUUAUCGUCAAAGGAUGAGUCGAUGGAUAAAGCUAUGGAGGAUGGUGUUCUGGGGUGUAGUCCGAACUCUGUUCUUGAAGGAGUAGGAGGCCACCGGUAG